AUGGGAGAAACUUUUAUCGACACUGCUGCCCACAGCGUCAUUUACGAAAAAGACCACUCGACAAAUCCACCGGGCCAUCAAGCUAAACCUCGCAGCUAUCUUCUCUCUUCACAGAUCUGGUUGAAUGAUACCCGCUGGCAUCACCUCUUCCACCGCUUUGCUGCUGAGUUACCGCAACUCGGACAUUUUGCCAUCAAUCAUAGUCAUGACGACACAUGGGCGUACGAACAUGCAGAUGCAUUGUCCACUGCUUUGAAGGUUGGUCGAUACGCCAUCUUCUGUGAGACUUAUUGGUUGAGUUUCUCAAACUAUCAGCCGCGUGAUUUUGUGUUUAGAGAGUGGGAGGAAGAUAAGAAAAAUCGGAUACAGAUUCAAGAGCCGGGAUGUGAUGAUGAGGAUUGGGAGGCUUUGACAGAGCUUCUCGAGAGGUUAAGGAGGAGUCGGCUGGGCUAG